UUUCAGACAGCUCGCGGAAGAUUCGCACCCGUGAAAAGGGUACAAGGUAAAGGUUGCACGGAACAUAGGGGAAGGAUUGCGCUAAGGGCGGUCAUGGCUUACACGCAGCAGCAGCAGGAAAAGGAACGGCUAGCGCUCAAAUAUCACACAGAGUUGCUUAUGGACAAAUUGGAGGAACUGGAAGAAUCGCACGUACAGCUGCAGCGAGAGUUGCGCCAAAAGUGUCGGGAUCUUGAAGCUCAAAAGCGGAUCAACGGAAAUCUGAGCGAAGAGUUGAAGCUAGUUCAAGGCCAGCUUGAGGUUCGUGAUUCGCUAAUUGAGCAGCACGGUUUGGUUAUUGCAUUGGUGCCGAGCGAGGACGGAAGUGAUGAGUGUCUUUCUUUAAUCAGCCAAUAAUUGUUCAAUCAAUACCUGAUUCGUGCUGGGCAAGAUGAGAAUGAGAAAGCCGAGCUAAUUUACCUUCAAUCUACCUUCACGAUGUUCGGAGAAGGAAAACAAAAGCCACAAAUUGAACUAGAAUAAAAAAGAGCCAUUGCGGAUAAGACAAUUUAAAUGUUAACCAACAUUGUUUGAGUGAACCGAAAUUUCAACAUUUUGACAACAGCUUGCUUGGAAAUACAACUUUACCGAGCGGCUGGAAACGUCAAAAGCGUGCAGCAGUCUUGUGUUUCAGAUGUAAACAAAACAAACUUGGCUGGUGCUGCCGAUCUAUUUCGCAAAGAAGCUGUUUCGUCUGCCGUACAGUAUUAACCUCGCCGGCCGAAAAUGGACGAAGAGUACGGGGUGACGGAUUCGCCAAGGAAGGGACCCACGCUUUCAACCUCAACGUCCAGCUUCGAACCGUUCGAUGCGCACGAUCCGAAUCUGUCGCGGUUGGCCACGAAAAUGUUCCAGAAAACGGGCGAAUACAUUACCCAUGAGUUGGCCUCGACCGUGGACGAUUACAAGCUGAUCGAGAAUAUGAAUCGGGCCAUGAUGGGAAAGGUGGCCGACAUGCGCCAGAUGUCGCAAUCGAUCGCAACGAAAAACAGUGAGCUGAAUCAAAAGUACGAGGAAUUGAAACCGCUACUGCAACGGAUUGACGACAUUGAAUCCACGGUCGACAAACUGGAAGCGGCCGCGUACCAGCUCGAUUCGUACAGCAUUCGAUUGGAGGACAAAUUCAAAUCACUCAAAGCCAAGCAGCAGUAGUAGGAAGUUAGAAAGUAGUUUUAUUUAUUCACCCAAAAUACACGUCAGGCCAUCAACCAAGCAGUAAUUUAAACACUAUCGCCAAUAUGUUGAAGAAUAUUAAGGGUACUGAAAAGAAAUGGAAAUCCGAAGGGGAAAUGAAAUAACUCUCUGUUGUCUCGAUAUCGCAGCGAAGUAGCGUAGUCUGUAAACGGCUACUUGUACCUACUUUUGGCCACAGUUCGUAUGGAUCGCACAAGCAUCAGUAUUUGGCCCUUGGUGGUAGUG